GUUUCUCCUUUGCUCGCGGAACACGCCCACAUGGAUGGCACAUGCGAUUCAUGUACCAAUUCAUGGUCUUAGUUUCAUAUGGUCUUCGCAUUUUUUCCAGUCUCUCUUCUAUGUUCUUGGGUAUUUCCUUUUGUCGACCCCUCGACCCCACUCUGAUUCGCACUCUCUUCUUGUAUUUAUUUGUAACAAUGGAUUCUCGCCCUCUCACCACCCUUCGUUUCUAACGCUCUCAACAUCUCGCUCUCUCUCUCUCUCUCUAGUCCUGAAAAAAAACUAGGAUCCACCCCCUUACGUCUUCUACCAACCUUUUACAUAUACAUGUAUAUCUUCCCAAGUAGAAUUGGUGGAUAGAUAUAUGUGAGUGGACAGAGAAAACAGAACCCUAGGAUUCCACGGCAGAAACAAUGGAGGAGAAAUCGAAUGGUCUGAAAGAAGAUGGUAACCGGCGUAAAAAUAAUAAUACGGUUAUACCCGGACCUACCAAUCCUAUGGUGACGCCUCUGCUAUCGGAUCUCUAUCAGUUCACUAUGGCCUAUGCUUACUGGAAAGCCGGCAAGCACAACGAACGAGCUGUGUUUGAUUUAUAUUUCCGGAAGAACCCCUUUGGUGGUGAAUACACAAUUUUUGCUGGUCUUGAAGAGUGCAUAAGGUUAAUUGCUAAUUUUAAAUUUACAGCAGAGGAGAUUGCUUUUAUCCGGUCAUCCUUACCCAAAACAUGUGAGGAUGGCUUCUAUGAUUAUCUUAGAGGAGUUGACUGUUCUGAUGUUAAAGUAUAUGCUGUUCCGGAGGGUUCCGUUGUGUUCCCAAAGGUACCUCUCAUGAGAGUUGAAGGGCCAAUUGCUGUGGUUCAAUUGGUGGAAACUCCAUUUUUGAAUCUCAUAAAUUACGCAUCACUAGUUGCUACAAAUUCUGCAAGGCAUCGUUUUGUUGCAGGAAAAUCAAAACUUCUACUUGAGUUUGGGCUUCGCCGUGCGCAGGGGCCCGAUGGUGGAAUAGGGGCUUCCAAGUAUAGCUAUAUGGGAGGAUUUGAUGCAACGAGCAAUGUUGAAGCUGGGAGAUUGUUUGGAAUUCCGAUCAAAGGAACUCAUUCCCAUGCUUUUGUCAGCUCAUUCAUGAGCCUUGAUGAGAUCAUGGAGAAAUCUCUUCAAAGUAGGGAUGGGUCAAGUACUUGUGAGGAUUUUGUUAGUCUGGUUCAGACAUGGCUAAGCAAAAUCAAGUGGUCGCAUUUAAUACAAGGAAUUUUUGGUGAAACGAAUCAUAGUGAGUUAGCAGCCUUCAUCUCAUAUGCCCUAGCAUUUCCGAACGAUUUUCUAGCUCUUGUGGAUACAUAUGAUGUUAUGAGGAGUGGAAUUCCUAAUUUUUGUGCGGUUGCUCUGGCACUGAAUGAUUUAGGGUACAAAGCAUUAGGCAUUAGAUUAGACUCCGGUGACCUUGCGUAUUUGUCUUGCGAGACCCGUAAGUUCUUUCGCACCAUUGAGAGGGAAUUUGGAGUGACAGAUUUUGGGAAGAUGGGUAUUACUGCAAGUAAUGACCUUAAUGAGGAAACUUUAGAUGCUUUAAACAAACAGGGACAUGAAGUUGAUGCAUUUGGAAUCGGAACUUAUCUGGUUACGUGUUAUGCUCAAGCUGCCUUAGGUUGUGUUUUCAAGCUUGUUGAAAUAAAUAAUCAACCUCGUAUCAAACUUUCUGAAGACGUUUCAAAGGUGUCUAUUCCAUGUAAAAAGAGAUGUUAUAGAUUGUACGGGAAAGAAGGCUACCCCCUUGUAGACAUUAUGACGGGGGAGAAUGAACCACCUCCAAAGGUAGCAGAACGAAUUCUGUGUCGUCACCCGUUUAGUGAAUCGAAGAGAGCAUAUGUAGUGCCACAGCGUGUUGAGGAACUUCUGAAGUGUUUCUGGCCUGGCAGCUCAGAUGGAGCAAGAGAAGAACUACCAUCUCUUAAGGAGAUCAGGGAUCGUUGUAUUCAACAGUUGGAACAAAUGCGGCCUGAUCACAUGAGAAGAUUGAAUCCAACACCUUACAAGGUUAGUGUAAGUGCAAAGUUGUACGACUUUAUCCACUUCCUAUGGCUCAACGAGGCACCCGUUGGGGAGUUGCAGUGAAGGUAUAUGCAUCAGUUCAAGUACGUUAUUGACAUGCAAAAUGGGAAGAGGGCAGUCAUUGAUUCUAGUGCCCUUGGAGCAGCUCCUUCAAAUAAAUUAGUGUUUCAUAUACCUAGUUUAAAUACAUGUUUUCUUCCUGUCUUUUUGGAAUUGAGAUGUGUAUCUUUCUCUUAUUGUUUGUUAUUACAACAAUAGUAAAAAGGUUUGCUUUGUAUAUCUCACCGCAACCAUUGUAGAAGUUUACUAAACAUUGUUCUAAGUGAACGUGUUAACUGCUGCUGCAUUAGUUCUGAGCCAGAGAUGUAUGGAUGGUUGUAAGUCCAGGAAUACAGUUCUAUUUCACA